UUACUAUUCUCUACCAAAUUUUCUUCUCUCCCUCUCUCUCGCAGCUUUGUAUGCACAAAUAGCUUCUAUUUCUGAAAUACAAGGUUGGGCUAAUAAUUUGGUUCGAACUUUGAAGUAAAGGAGAAUAAGCUAUUAUCUAGGAAAAUGACACGGAGGAGAAUUCAGAUUAAGAAGAUUGACAACACGACGGCAAGGCAGGUGACAUUCUCAAAGAGGAGGAGAGGACUUUUCAAGAAAGCUUUUGAGCUCUCUACUCUCUGCGAUGCUGAAAUUGGUCUCAUGGUCUUUUCUGCUACAGGAAAGCUCUUUGAAUUCGCCAGCUCAAGUAUGCAGCAGGUAAUUGAAAGGCAUAAUCUACAUCCAGAUAAUCUUGGCAAAAUGGACCAAUUGUCUCUUGAGCUACAGCUUGAGAACGGUACCUCCUACGCCAUGUUGAGCAAGGAAAUUGAGGAGAAGACACAUGAACUGAGGAAGAUUAGGGGAGAAGAGCUCCUUGGAAUGGAUAUAGAAGAAUUACAGAAACUAGAGAAAGAGCUUGAAGUAGGCCUGAGCCGUGUUAUAGAAACAAAGGGUGAAAGAUUUCAGGAAGAGAUCACUGCCCUUCAGCAAAAGGGAGCCCAACUGAUGGAAGAAUACCAACGGUUAAAACAGAUGGAGAUGUUUAGCACUCAAACACAUGCACUUGAACAAGGUCUGUCAUCUGAGUCAAUCACCAAUAUUUGCAGCUCAUCCGAUCCUCAAGACAAUGACAGUUCAGACAUAUCUCUCAAGAUGGGGGUGUUGUCACUUGCAACUCAUCAUCGAGCAAUUUGUCUGUUUCCGUAGCAACUUAACCAUCAUCAUUGAUUGCAUGGCAAGAAAUGCAUACUACUAUAGAGAAACUCUUUGCCUUAGUGCAUCUUUCUAUGUCUUGCAGGCUACCG